ACUCCAUUCUUUGUUUUCAACAAUCAACAAUUGACAUCACAUGGCUCUUUGAACAAAAAAGUCUCAAUUCAUCACAAAAAACAAGUAAUACAUCCUCAAUUUUCAAGGUUCUGUUAGUUAUCAUCGGAGUAGCAAAUCCUUCUCUAGUUCUUUCAAGUUGACAUUAUCACACGAUGCUGAACGAAUCGCUGCUCCUUAUGAUGUUGUGACUACUUCUAGUCGAGAGAGAUUUGCUGAUCUCACUGUGCUUGUGCGUGGUUUAGAGAUCGAAGAUAGCUUUUGUCUGAAACGGUUGCUGGAAAUCACUCUACUUCAUCUUUGUCAUUUUGAAUAUUCCAGAUGCAAGCAUCCCAGAGAACACAGAUGUCUGGGAGUGUCCACGGAUUGUACAAUCAGCAAAUGCAGCAAGUUGAGCAAUAUUACGCCCCUUACAAUGUUCUUAAGAACGUUUGCAAGGAUAGUCGCAGCCCAGGGAUGCAGUUCUGUUUUCAGGCACAAGACGAACAAUUCUUCACUCUGGACUCGUCGCCAGCUACUGACUAUGUUGUCAACGACUCACCUCCUGCAUUAAGCGUCUCUUCCAACAGGAGUCCCUUCUCUCCGCAAUGUUCACAGUCAUACAUGUCUGAUAUGCAUCACUCCUCUGAUAACACUUGUGGUUCGCCUUUGAGUGGGUGUUCAGGAAUUGAUGAUGGUGACUUGAGACAUGUGCUUCGGGAGCUGGAGAAUAAAUUACUGGGGCCUGAAUCUGAUACUGACGACUGCUGCAGUUGCUCCUUGAACGAUGUGGUCUCAAAACCAUCUUCCGUAACAAAGUGGAACCGAGUGUUGGACAUGGCCCCCAGCUUGAACUUGAAAGAGUUGCUCGAUGCCUGUGCUGAAGCAGUGUCAGAUGAUAUCUCAACUGCUGAAGUUCUUAUGAAUGUUUUAGAGCAAAGGGUGUCAGUCUCCGGGGAACCUAUGGAACGGUUGGGUGCAUACGUGUUGGAAGGGCUUAGAGCACGACUACUAUCAUCAGGAAGCAUCAUAUACAAAAAAUUGAAGUGCAAAGAACCAACUAGCUCGGAAUUGUUGUCUUACAUGCAAGUCAUCUAUAACAUGUGUCCAUACUACAAAUUUGCUUAUAUGUCUGCCAAUGUCGUCAUCAGGGAAGCCAUGAUGAAUGAAAACAGAAUCCACAUCAUUGAUUUUCAGAUUGCACAGGGAAGUCAGUGGAUGUUCCUCCUCCACGAUCUUGCUCGUCGCCCUGGUGGACCCCCAUUUGUCCGCAUCACAGGUGUUGAUGAUGCCGAAUCAGUUUAUGCACGGGGUGGAGGACUUCAGCUAGUGGGCGAAAGGCUAGCAGAUAUUGCCAAGUCAUAUGGAGUGCCUUUUGAAUUCCAUGGUGCUGCACUAUCAGGCUGUGAGGUCCAACUAGAGAACCUUCGGGUUGGACAUGGAGAAGCUCUGGCAGUAAACUUCCCCUAUAUGCUACACCACAUGCCAGACGAGAGUGUAAGUACUAUCAAUCAUCGUGACCGCCUAUUAAGACUAGUUAAGAGUUUAUCCCCCAAAAUUGUGACCUUAGUUGAACAAGAAUCGAACACCAACACUGCCCCUUUCCUCCCAAGAUUCCGUGAAACUUUUGAUUACUAUACAGCAAUGUUUGAGUCAAUUGAUGCAGCUCGUCCUAGGGAUGACAAGGAGAGGAUCAACGCAGAGGAGCAUUGUGUGGCACGGGACAUUGUGAACAUAAUAGCAUGUGAGGGUGCUGACAGAGUGGAAAGACAUGAACUUUUCGGAAAGUGGAGGUUAAGACUUAAAAUGGCUGGAUUUACCCCAUGCCAAUUGAGUCCAUCAGUUGGUGAGACCAUCAAUGACAUGUUGAAGGAGUACAGCCCAAAUUAUCGAUUUGCAGAAAGCGAAGGGGCACUCUAUCUUGGAUGGAAAAAUAGAGCUUUAGCAACUUCUUCUGCCUGGAGAUGACAUUUUUUGCUCUAUGAUCUCGACGUUUUAUCUUUAACCCUUUUCGUUUCAUAUAUACGAGCUCAGAGUAUGAAAUAUUUAGGUUUCUACAUGCCAGCAUAGGGAGGAAUAUAGUGAGUUUGAAAUAGACUCCAUGUCUCCACAUCUGGUUAUUGUCAUUUCCCUUUGUAUUUGGAUGCUCUUUUUUUGUUGCACAUUCUUGUUUCGAAUUCAUAUUUGGUUAAUCGAAGCUUAUAUCUUUUACCUCUA